AUGCCUGGAAGACUUAAAAUGACGGUGGACGAAUGCACCACAGCGUACAAAGAAGUCGCCGAGAAGGCCUUCACCGCUAAACACACAGUUUCUUUCCCUGGCUCUCCCUGGGGUGCUUCCUCUGCGACAGCACUGGAGUCCGCUAUGAAACAUGUCAUACGAAAGUACUGCGUCGAAGAAGACUGUGCUGCCCAGCGGAGGCAAGGCAUUUCCACUCUUGAGACCUGUCCACAUAGCGAGGAGCUUCUCCGAUAUGAUGGUUGCGUUAGGACUGACGUUUUGGCGAUAACGAAGGACGUAUCGAUGCCCGUUGCAAKGGCAGCAUCUGCUGCGACAACAUUCUUCAAGUCCACCAAGUGUGGGCGCGAUGAGAUCGAAUUCAUUGAUGCUGGUUUCGGAUAUAAUAAUCCAUGCGGGAUUCUCAUUGAGGCAAGGGAACAAUUUCCCGGGUCUUCACAGUUACAAGUACUCAGCAUCGGCACGGGACUCGGCGGCAUGGUCACAGUGAAACACAAGCGGAUGUCUAUUCUCAACGCGGUGAAGAAGAUGGCAACCAGCUCCAAGAAGGUUGCAGACCAAGUGGAAGCCUUGUUCGAUGAAGAGGGCCAUUACUAUCGGUUCAAUAUGGAUCGCGGCCUUGAGGAUAUCACCCUUUCAGACUGGAAAACGGACAGUCGGAUCUCUUCACAUACCCAUAACUUCCUGAAGGAACAGUAUAGGAUGGUUGACAAAUGUGCAGGCUGCUUCGCCGCUUCCGCUUGCGCAGGCAAAUGCGAGAAGGUUCUCAAACACAGCAGCAAUGUAAAUGCGGUGAUGUUCUCUCCAAAUAGUCAGCAGCUCACAUCUACCUCUCAGACAUGA